AUGUGUACAGAUGCCGCCGCAUCAAAGACUGGCAAGGUGAAGGGACUGGUGGCAAGGUUUAAAAAGGAAAAUCCUGAUGUGGAAUGGACUCAUUGCAUCAUUCACAGAGAAUCUUUAGCAUCAAAGAAAAUGAGUUCACAGUUGCACGAGAUUCUGAAUGACGCCGUCAAAGUAAUCAACUUUAUAAAGUCAAGGCCACUUAAUACUCGUCUGUUUCACAGACUGUGUGAAAGCAUGGGGUCAGAGCACACAGAGCUAUUACUACACACAGAUGUGCGCUGGCUGUCGCGUGGGAGGAUCCUCGCCAGAUUGUUUGAGUUGCGAGAUGAGGUAGUUUCAUUCUUAUCAGAACAUGGGUCUCCUUUUGCCACAUUUUUUGAAAACACUACUUGGGUUGCACAACUGGCAUAUCUUACAGACAUAUUCAGCAAACUGAAUGAGUUAAAUAUGUCUCUGCAAGGUAAGGACACAAACAUUCUCAACCUGUAUGACAAAGUUGCUGGUUUUCAAAAGAAAUUAGGGCUGUGGAAGGAGACAUGCUCAGGGGGAUAUUUUACAUGCUUUCCUCUGUCAGAUGCCUACUUUUCCGAUAACAAUUAUAAGAAAGACACUGUAAAACCAGUCAUUGUGGAGCAUUUGACCAACCUUAUCAGUGCUUUUAAGUCUUACUUUCCUGGCAUACAUGAACAAUCAGUACAGCUGGACUGGAUUAGAAAUCCAUUCCUCUUAUCUGAACAAGAGAAGACGCUUCCAAUUUGCCUUCAGGAAACACUGAUAGAGUGUGUGCGGACCGUGGCCUAA